CAUUUAUAUGUAAGGAUGCUGUGUAUAAAAAUUUUAAGGCACAAAGCAGCUUUAGUAAUAGAAGCCAUCAAGGCAACGGAAAGCAUUCUGGCGUCCGACAUUGUACACGGCACGCUGUAUUUGUUUACAUAUAAGUGUCAAUCGUCGGUGGUGAGCGGUAUCAAGGCAGGUUCUGUACUUUAUUUUGAAAAAAACAUGGCUCAGCAAGGAGAUCAAAUGCGUGAAAAUAGUUCGAACUCGAAGCGUGACAAAAAUGACACCCAUCGUGCGGCGGAAAUUGAUGAUGAUAAUCCCGAGAUGGCACGUUUGACCAGAUACAACGAUGGUUCGGUUAAGCUGCGAAAUCCUAACAUCGAACUCAUGGAUCAGGACAUCCUAUAUCAUCUAGCUUUAGGGAGUGGGAGUCAUGAUCUGCACGAAAUGUUUGGCGAUGUGAAGUUCGUUUGCAUGGGAGGAACGCCAAAGCGAAUGGAAACGUUUGCUCAUUUUAUUAUGGAAGAAAUCGGCUACAAACUUCCCGCCGGUACUCAACUGCAGGAUAUCAGUGCAUUUUCCUACCGCUACUCAAUGUACAAGGUUGGGCCUGUUCUGUCCAUCAGUCAUGGUAUGGGUGUACCAUCCGUUGGUAUCCUUCUGCACGAACUGAUUAAGCUGAUGUACCACGCCAAGGUAAAGGAUCCGAUCUUUGUGCGAAUUGGCACGUGUGGCGGUAUUGGUGUGGAAGGUGGCACCGUCGUUAUUACGGAAGACGCAUAUGAUGGCUUGCUCCGUAACAGCUAUGAGUUGGCUAUUCUUGGCAAAAUAGUUCAUCGUCCGGCAAUUUUGGAUAAACGGCUAGUGCGGGAGCUGAAGUCACUUGCCACGCACGAUGAUCCUUACGAUACAAUUACUGGCAAAACGAUGUGCACCUACGAUUUCUAUGAAGGCCAGGGCAGGUUAGACGGUGCAUUUUGCGAGUUUACGGAAACGGAUAAAAUGGCGUAUCUGGAGAAAUUGCGCGACUUUGGCGUGGUAAACAUCGAGAUGGAGUGUACCAUAUUUGCGGCGCUUACGCAUUACGCCGGCAUCAAGGCGGCGAUAAUAUGCGUCACGCUGCUGGACAGACUGAAGGGCGACCAGGUAAUGGCACCGAAGGAGGUAAUGAACGAAUGGCAACAACGACCACAGAUAUUAGUGUCCCGGUUAAUUAAGAAGCAUCUUGCCCAGAUGGGUCACCUAAAGUCACUGGCUUCGACACCGUCGUCGAUCAAGUCGCCACGCCGGUUUAAGCUCGUGCAGCAGGAAUCCGAAGCGCACGAGUAAAAAUGGCCAAUUUGCUGGACAGCGUCAUUCUGCCACACGUUUGUGUUUUACAUUUAUAACUAGAUAUUUCAAUAAUCGUGCAUCUAUUAGUGCAUAUCCGUAACUUUAAUGCGUUAAAAGACAAAUUAAUUUAGCAAUUUGAACAAUGUCAUAACAAAGCAUAGUAAAAGAAUAAUAAGCGGAAAAAAGCAAAAAAAUAACGAGCAAAACUACACACACAGUUUCAACAAGCAUUAGAAAUAUAGUGACAGUGCCCGCGUACGAUAAUGUACCACUAGUACGGUCGCUACUGCUCCAAUCAUUUACCAGUGAUGGUAAUUUGCUAUAAGCAUACAUGUUUCGAUUCUAGCGCAUACCUAUGUGCUUUCCACAUAGAUUCAACAGUAUAGAUGUAUGGCUUUUGUAUAGAAGUUGCGUUAGACACACCGGUACACUUAAACAGUAAUACAGCUUACCAUAGAUAUCGUUAAGAGUGUACUAAAACAACGCUGCCGUAAAAUGCCGUGUAAUGUGGAAAUAGUUAUUGCAUCUAAUGCAUUGAAACAUUUGAUAUUCCAAUAUAAUUAUACCAUAAUACUAAACCUUCUUAAACUAAACGUUGUGUAGCAUUAUAUUUUAGUGCUAAAUUCGUGAUCAUGAACACUACCAUCAUCACCAGCAGUAGUUUUGCGUACCCUAACUAAGCCCUAGCCCAAAACGAUUGUUUCCAUUAGCUUGAAGGUUGUAAAACAAACUCUGUGUACAGGUGAUAUUAUCUCCCACAUGCACGCUUUUUCUUUUAUUUUCCUCGCAGAGCUGGCGAGUGUAAGUGUUGAGCCUAAAUUGAAACAGAGCUUUGUUUAAAAUUGUUUGUUUUCUAAACCCAAUAUAUGAAGCAUUAAAAAUAAACAUGUUGAACACAUCAUGACGCAAAAUUAAAGGCAUCUUCAUUAAACGAUUCUCGAAAACAAAAAUCCUCAAUGCAACGUUUGCAUAUCGAUUGUAAAAGGGGUUUGGUGGUGCUGCAUAUCGAUUGUAAAAGGGGUUUGGUGGUUGUUUUUUCAAACUGAAUAUGCUAAAAUGAACUUAUAUAGAUGUACAGUUUUCAUCAUCACAUCAGCAUCUUACAGUGGGAAGGCAGUAUAUAAUUGUGUAAAGAUAAUAUACACAUUCACGAAAAAUGGACAUAAUAUCCUCAAUAAUUACUUGAACAUCUACUUACAAAAAAACCAAAAAUGUUACAAAUCGAUUGUUAAACUGUAUGAAAGAAAGGGAAUCGGUUUUGUUAUGUUUAUGGCGAACAGAACAAUAAAUAAGCUCUCGAAUUACUUUACAAUGAAAA